UUCAUUUCUAGCUCCUCCUCUUUCCUCAGGUUUUUUUCAUGGGUUUCUUCUCUGUGUUUCUGUUCCUAAUUCUCUGCUCUUUCGAAAAGGACAUUGCUCUGGCAGCAACAAGUCCAGAACCCCACCUUCUGCCACACACUACUCACACAGUUGAAGUAAACUCUCUUCUACCAGCAACCACCUGCACCCCCUCCACCAAAGGUCAUACCAACAACAAGGCAUCAAUAUUGGAAGUGGUACACAAGCAUGGGCCAUGCUCUAUAUUCCACAAAUCAUCCAAAACUUCAACCACAAAAAGUGAUGACAAAUACCACGCUCAAAUCCUCAAGCAAGACGAAGCCCGAGUCAACUCAAUCCACUCCCGCCUCAACUACAGAAUCCAAGACCCAUUCACCCAAUCCGCCGCCUCCACCACCCUCCCAGCCAAGUCCGGUCUCCUUCUGGGCACAGGAAACUACUUAGUCACCGUCGGUCUCGGCACGCCCGCCAAGCAACUCUCCCUCGUCUUCGACACCGGCAGCGACCUCACCUGGACCCAAUGCCGCCCAUGUCUUCGAUCUUGUUACAGACAGAGCGAGCCCAUCUUCGACCCUUCUCUCUCUGCCUCAUACAAAAACUUAUCCUGUACAUCCGCCACGUGUACUCAACUCUCAUCCGCCGGCAUCCAACACGAUUGCUCCUCCGCCUCGUCCUCCUGCCUUUACGGCAUCCGGUACGGAGACGGGUCCUUCUCCAUCGGGGAUUUCGCCAAAGAAAAACUUACAUUGACCUCCAAGGACGUUUUUGAAGGUUUCCUCUUCGGCUGUGGCCAAGACAACGAAGGCCUUUUCCACGGCUCUGCCGGUUUGCUCGGUCUCGGCCGAAACAACAUCUCCCUCGUCGAACAAACCGCCAUGAAAUACAACCGCUUCUUCUCCUACCGCCUUCCUGGCUACAAGACGGUGUCGUAUCCGGGUAUUGCGUUUAGGUUUGGGGACGGGGUUACGGUGGACUUGGACCCGGCCGGGAUAUUGUAUGUGGUAAGUAGUUCGCAGGCUUGCUUGGCGUUUGCGGGACACAAGGAUGAUACUGGCUUGGGGAUUAUUGGGAAUGUUCAACAGAAGAGGUUGGAGGUGAUAUAUGACGUGGCUGGUAAAAAGGUGGGAUUUGCCCCUGCAAGUUGCCCCUGA